CAGACGAGCUAGGCAAGCGUGCGCCACAGUGAACAGGAAAGCAAAGCAAGCUGACAGCCAGACAGCGACGCUGACACUGAGCUGGAGGAGUAAUACGAGAUGAGGAAAAUUAAACAGACAUGUGUUUAAUGUUUUUCUUGAGGGACACCUCCCUAUGGCCGCAUUAGAGUGUGAGAGGGCAGGAAAUAAAAGAAGCAAAGCAAGCUGACAGCCAGGACAGCCACGCAGCGACGCAGACACGGAGCUGAAGGAGUACGAACCCUCGGAUUUUUUCUCUCUCUCCUUGGACUCUCGUGACCGUGACAACCGAUCAAGACAAUACAAGACAGGACGUCCCUUUUAUGUGCCUGGUGAAGGGCAUGCUGCCCGAAACGUCACGUUAAAAUUAGCUUGGUGUGUGGACUUCAUUUUCACAGAGAGAGACCAUGGCCGAUACUGCAGCUGCUGCUCCUGCUGCUGUCCCCACGCGACAGACCCAACCGGGAGAUGGGCACGCGGGGGAGGCCUCCGUUACCGUAGCCGUGUCUCCUGCCUCUUUUUCGCGGGGAUUCGCGAGACAGGGCGCGCUGAGGCAGAAGAACGUGAUCGAGGUGAAGGAGCACAAGUUCACCGCGCGCUUCUUCAAGCAGCCCACAUUCUGCAGUCACUGCACCGAUUUCAUCUGGGGCUUUGGAAAACAGGGCUUUCAAUGUCAAGUCUGCUGUUUCGUAGUGCAUAAGCGGUGUCAUGAGUUUGUGACCUUCUCGUGUCCCGGGGCCGACAAAGGACCAUCCGCAGAUGACCCCCGCUCUCGACAUAAGUUUAAGGUCCACACCUAUUCCAGUCCAACCUUCUGUGAUCAUUGUGGGUCGCUGCUGUACGGCCUCAUACACCAGGGAAUGAAAUGUGAACAUUGUAUGAUGAAUAUCCAUAAAAGGUGUGUUGCCAAUGUUCCAAGCCUUUGUGGGACCGAUCACACGGAGAGGAGAGGACGCAUUUCCAUCAAGGCCCACAUACACACACACACCCUCUCCGUCACCAUUGUUGAGGCCCGUAAUCUCGUGCCUAUGGAUCCUAAUGGCUUAUCUGACCCGUAUGUCAAGCUGAAGUUGGUUCCAGAUCCAAAGAGCGAGAGCAAACAGAAGACCAAGACCAUAAAGUGCUCACUGAACCCCACCUGGAACGAGACGUUUACAUUUACUCUUAAAGAAGGUGAUAUGGAUCGUCGUCUGUCAGUAGAAGUCUGGGAUUGGGACCUUACCAGUAGGAAUGAUUUCAUGGGAUCUCUCUCAUUUGGACUUUCGGAGCUGCUCAAACAACCGGUCACUGGAUGGUAUAAACUCCUAAGUCAAGAGGAAGGUGAAUAUUUCAAUGUUCCUGUUCACGCUGAGGAAGAGGAGGAGGAGAUGAGACAAAAGUUUGAGAGGGCCAGGAUGGGUGGAGGGAGUGUGACUGACGGCUCCUUGGCCAAUGACAUCUCUUUGUACGAAAGCAACGCCAAUAAGGACCGCAUGAAGCUCUCAGACUUUACCUUCCUCAUGGUGUUGGGGAAGGGCAGCUUUGGAAAGGUCAUGUUGGCUGAAAGAGCAGGAACAGACGAACUCUACGCAGUGAAGAUCUUAAAGAAGGACAUCGUUAUUCAAGAUGACGAUAUCGAAUGUACGAUGGUGGAGAAGAGGGUCCUCGCACUGUCUGGAAAACCUCCUUUCUUAACACAGCUACACUCCUGCUUUCAAACUAUGGAUCGUCUCUACUUCGUGAUGGAGUAUAUUAAUGGAGGAGAUCUGAUGUAUCAAAUCCAGCAAGUUGGAAAAUUCAAGGAGCCGCACGCAGUGUUCUAUGCUGCUGAGAUCGCUAUUGGUCUCUUCUUCCUACACUCAAAAGGCAUCAUAUACCGAGAUCUAAAACUAGAUAACGUGAUGCUUGACUCUGAGGGCCACAUCAAGAUAACUGAUUUUGGGAUGUGUAAAGAGAACAUGAUGGAUGGAAUAACCACAAAGACUUUCUGUGGAACGCCGGAUUACAUUGCACCUGAGAUCAUUGCCUAUCAGCCGUAUGGGAAGUCAGUUGACUGGUGGGCAUUUGGAGUUCUACUCUACGAGAUGUUGGCCGGACAGCCUCCGUUUGAUGGUGAGGAUGAGGAUGAGUUGUUUCAGUCGAUAAUGGAACACCAUGUCUCGUACCCCAAAUCCAUGUCCAAAGAGGCAGUGGCAAUAUGCAAAGGGUUGAUGACAAAGCACCCUGGUAAACGUCUGGGCUGCGGUGCGGAGGGAGAGCGGGACAUUAGGGAGCACGCCUUCUUCAGGUACAUGGACUGGGAGAAGCUACGGAGCAAAGAGGUGCAGCCGCCAUUCAAACCCAAAGCCUGUGGUCGUGAUGCUGAAAACUUUGACCGUUUUUUCACCCGUCACGCUCCUGUGUUGACGCCUCCUGAUCCAGACCUGCACCCCCAACUCCUCCCCCACGCACACUUUACAGGCUUCUCAUUUGUCAAUCCAAAUUACCAGUAGCCAAUCACAAUGCUCAUAUGGACCAGAUACAUUGUCACAUUAUCACAUCAUCAUUUCCAAGGAUUCUCAUGCGUCAGUACAAAUUGGCAGUAGCCAAAGAAAAUGCUCAUACGGACCCAUAUCUCAUCACAUGAUCACUUUCAAGACUUCUCAUUUGUCAAUCCAAACUACCAGUGGCCUAUCAAAAUGCUCAUACGGACCCCUCCUAUCUCAUCAUAUGAUAACUUCAGGGGAUUCUCAUUCGCCAACCACAACUAUCAACAGCCAAUCAAAACACUGGUACCAGCCAUGCACCCCCGGCCUUCACUUCCAAGGAUUCUGAUUCGUCAACCCACACAACAAUUAGCUAAUCACCACGGGGGUACCGCCUACCCAUCACACUGACAAGAAGCUGGACAAAUCAAAUGUUCCACCUAUGCCGGCAUGGCCAGGUGAUUACUGACAGACCAAUGGCUAUGCUGUUCCCGUCCAUCCUGUCAUACUGACAUGCAGUUGGACCAAUAGCAAAGCUGCUCCCGCCUAUCCUGUCAUACUGACAUGCAGUUGGACCAAUCGCACGCCCUUGUCGUGGACAUCUUCACUGAUAUGCAGCAGGACCAAUUGCUAUGCUGCUCCCACCCAUCCUGUCACACUGACCAAUCAUAGCCUUGCUCCUGAAUCCCAUGUAAACCAUAUAUAAAUGAAGGAAGCGAAGGGCAGCACUCUUCAGAUUUAAAAAAAAAAAAAAUAUUCGCCAACAAACGUUUCAGGCAUAGCCUCUCUUCAGCAUGUAAUGGCGAUCGCUGUCCUUCGCUUCCUACAAUAUGCUGGAAAACCCAUAUCUCUGACAUGCAGCAGGACCAAUUAGUAGGGGCUCUAAGCCGAGAAAUCGUUACGCGCUGGAUAGAAGCAUAUAAUUCGGUACACGUGUUCCUUGACUGAUUUGAAGACAUCCUAGAAGGGGUGCCCCUUGAAAAAAAAUGUCUACCAUGUCAUAUACAAUAUGUCAUGUUGGUAACGCAUUACAUUGCUAUUACAUGACAUUAUACUUAGCUGACAAUGUUAAUAUAGUCCUCAGAAGAGAUGAAGCAAGGGUAGCCUGCUAGACCAGAUUGAUAAAACUACAAAAUGUACAUAGUGUGAAAGUAUGGGUGAGUCUGUGCUUACGUGCUUGACAGCAUGUAACAUUGUGAACGAUUUAAGAAGAUUCUUGGUCUGAAUUAAAAUGAGCAUUGCCAACACUAAAACUAUGGUGAGAAUAGACUGCUGCUAAUGCUCGAUUUGAAUGGGAUAGUGUCACUGCAAGAUGCCCUAAGUAGCAGGUUCUCCAUCCUCUAAUUUCCAUAACAGAUAUACGUAUUUUAUUUGUAUGAGAGAGGGUAAAGGACAGGACCUUUCCAUAUGUAUGAAGAACCCCAUAA